AUGCACGGCUCUUUUUAAGUGAAGGAAGCCAUAGCUGAAAUAAUUAUUUAAGUUAAGGAUGUAGAUUAAAAAAUUUUUGGUGUCAUUUUAGAAAUAUUCAGAAAGGAGAAAGUUUAAGAUUGCAUUGGAUAUCUUUCAGAUGAUAUAAAUCAUAAAUAUUUGGAAUAAUAAAUCUUACAACAAGGUGAUAAUAAAAAGAAAUAGAGUGAAAUAAUAAAGGACCUGAAACAAAUAAAUGAUGUCUUAAAAAAAAUAAAAGAUCAUGACUUCAAUAACUAAGACUUUUCUGAAGAAUCUAAAUUAAGUCUAAUUUAAAAGAUCAAGGAUGAUAAAUAAAACAAAGAAUUUCUGCAAUUUUUAGUUCACCUCACAUCAAUUGAUGAAACAUUAAUAUAGGCUGGGUCUAAUUCAUUACAUAUAUUAGUUUAGAUGAAAGUGGACUUUAGAAACAAAAAUUUUGAAAAUAUAAAGAUUUAAAAUAUUUCCUUAGUAGGAGCUACUUUUGUAUAAUGUAAUUUAAGUGGAUCAGAAUUUAAUAAUGUUGACAUAAAUGGUAUGAAUUUGAAUGGAGCCAUAUUAUUAAAUUGUAAAUGGAACAACUUAAAAAUCCAUGAAUUAAAUUAAUUAGAUUGUCAAACUUAUUAUGCUAGAUCAGUCUGCUUUUCUUCCGAUGGAAAUACAUUAGCAUCUGGUAGUGGUAAUGGUUUUGGUACUUAUGAUGACUCUGUCUGUCUAUGGGAUGUCAAAGCAGGAUAAUAAAAAGCCAAAUUAAAAGGUCACACUAACAUCGUUUAUUCAGUCUGUUUCUCUCCUGAUGGAAGUACAUUAGCUUCUGGUAGUUAUGAUCAGUCUAUCCGUCUAUGGGAUGUCAAAACAGGAUAAUAAAAAGCCAAAUUAGAUGGUCAUACUAGUGGAAUUUAAUCAGUCUGUUUCUCUCCUGAUGGAAAUACAUUAGCAUCUAGUAGUGAGGAUUAGUCAAUCCGUCUAUGGGAUGUUAAGACUAAAAAAAAAUAAGCUAAAUUAUAUGGUCAUACUAGCACUGUCUAUUCAGUUUGUUUUUCUCCUGAUGGAAAAACAUUAGCAUCUGGUGGUGCAGAUAAGUUUAUCCGUCUUUGGGAUGCCAAAACAGGAUAAUAAAAAGCCAAAUUAGAGGGCCUUACUAAUUAUGUUAUGUAUGUCAGUUUCUCUCCUGAUGGAAAUACAUUAGCAUCUGGUGGUGCAGAUAAGUUUAUCCUUCUUUGGGAUGCCAAAACAGGAUAAUAAAAAGCAAAAUUAGAGGGCCAUAGUGAUACUGUCUAUUCUGUCUGCUUCUCUUAUGAUGGAAAUACAUUAGCAUCUUGUAGUGCAGAUGAUGUUAUCUGUUUAUGGGAUGUAAAAACAGGAUAAUAAAAAAAACAAUUAAAAGGUCACACUAACAUUGUCUAUACAGUAUGUUUCUCUACUGAUGGAAAUACAUUAGCAUCUGGCAGUGCAGAUGAUGUUAUUUGUUUAUGGGAUGUCAAAACAGGAUAAUAAAAAGC